UGAGCCCCUACCGGACUUCAUUCAGAUUAUGCAGGACUAUACAGCCGCACUCACCCAGGUCAAGGAACAGCACGAGGCUGCCACGACCAAAAGACUAUGGCUAGCAGAGGAAGCUGCAGCACAAACCCGGCGUCAAGCCGAGGCAGACCAGUUGGCGAUCGAUCAGCUCAACGCCGGCAGCGCUGAACUUGUAAGUGCUAACCAAGCACAAUGGACAGCGGUGCUCAACGGGAUGCGUUAUGUCCCGGCACCCGGCAGCGAGCCGACAACAGUACAGCAAGAGAGGCACGACCUGGCAGAUAUUCUACUCCAUACAAUGCGCGCCGUCAUUUGGAACAGCUCCAUGGGGGAGCUGCAUUUCCGGUCCACACUGCAGCUGCAGCACGAUCUGAGCCACAACGUGAAGAUACUUGCAGGAGCUGUCAAGGUCGCGGACAGCCAGUUGAAACAGCUGGAUGCACGCAUUGCUACCUUGGAGGCAAGGCCUCCCCAAGCAGCGCCAGGCUGCACGCCAGAUAUGAUAGACACAACGAAGCAGCUCAAUGGGCGCAUUGAUCAUGUCGUCAAUCUCAUCGGCGACAUAGGUGUUUUCAAUGGGCCGGACACGAUCAGUAGCACGGUGGCCUCCAUCAAGACGGACAUCACCAAGCUGCAGACGAAACCGGAUGCCACUACGAAGAACUACAAGAUGCCGCACUUCGACAUCAGCAAGUUCGACGACCACAACAAGACGGACGCUUUGGCAUGGUGGCAACGUUUCCUCACGGAAGCAUCAUGCCGCACUGUCCCGGGCGACUAUCUGAUGAAGGCGUUAUACAUACAGCUGAUUGGAGGAGCGCAGGCAUGGAUGAACCAUCUGGCGGCUACCCACACAUGCACCAUCGCCGAACUUCACAUGCACAUUACGUGGAAGGAUUAUGAGAAGCUAUGGUUCACCCGGUUCAUGGCCCGCAACGUCGUGAAGGCGGCCAUGAACGAGGUGUACACCUGCUCUCAAGGAAGUAUGCCAACUCGAGACUGGACAACCAAGUGGCAGAAGAUAGUGACCACGCCACGCUUCGAUUUGACUUUUCCUAAUCAACGAUCCGAGUUCUUCUCGCGAUCGUGCGCAGGAUUGCGGUCGGCACUCGGUAACGAGUACAACUAUACCUCGUUCCAGGCUAUCCUGGAUCGCGCAAACCUGGUAAUCCAAACGGACGACAAGGCCGCUAACGAGAAACAAUCCCAACCGCAUUAUGUGGCUAAGCAUGACUAUCAACGUCCGUCACAUAACAAUGCCGUGAUUUCAGAAGAAACAGACGAUCUCCACGCUGCAGCAGCAUCCUGGAGUGAUGGAGGAAUUGUAGCAGCGCUCCCGCCGAAGCGUCCCAAGAGGGUCCGGAAACCCAAGGCGACACAAGAGACGGCAUCGACGGGAACUGGGCAGCAGCCAUGGACGGCCUACAACAUCACCAAGGAAGUCUAUGAACUUCGUCAAAACAAACUCGGGAAACUGAGUUACGCAAGGAGAAGAGGGACGUCUCUCUUCACUCCGCCGGAACCGGUUGCCUUGCUAGCAAUCGAUGUCACUACCGGGGAGCAUGCGUUAGUCGUUGAUUCUCGUGCUACGUGCGAGGAUUAUGCCACCCAGCUGGUACCACCAUUAGACCAGCCAAGCCACGUGCAUUUAGCUAGCGUAUGCGCAGCCUGUACACCGUCGGCAAGCGAUCCGGUCAGUUCGCCACUGAUUUUCGAGGACUCGACAACGUGGUCAAGACUUGAGAAGCUCGACCCGCUCACGAGAGAGGACUUCGCUUGGAUGCCUCUUCCCUCGACCGCAACCUUGCCAAGGCCGCAUUGCAACACCUUGAUGGCAACUCUACGCUCCUAUUUGCACACUACAGUACCAGCUCCGUUGACGGACGACGGAGUAGCGGUUGUCGAUCUCCGCUCCUAUCUUGAGAAGAUUGACCACGAGUACGCCACCCAAAGGUACGCCGAAACCGACGCGCCUUUGCUUUAUAUCCGCAUUCAAAUCGGAAAGGCAACCUGUAGUGCCUUGAUUGAUUGCGGAGCGUCUCGCAACUUUAUGAGCCAAGCCUUUAUGGCCCGCGUAGGUUUUGGCCCGCGCGUUCGAAGGAAGACGCAACCUACGCAAGUUACACUCGCGGACGACCGCACGCAAAAGUCAAUUGACCGAUGCGUCGAUGGCGUCCCGGUAUACUUUGCGCCACUUGCGUGCAAGCCGGUGUCUUUUGACAUCCUCGACACCAAGUUCGACAUGAUUCUAGGCAUGUCUUGGUUGUGUAGCGCCGAUCAUCCGGUGAACUUCCAUGACCGAACCGUUCACACCCGUGAUCGGAACGGAGUGUUAGUCCCAUGUACGGUCGCAACCCCUUACACUUCGAUUGCUUGUCACGUGGUUUCCGUUGCGAGAAUUCGCGACGCCAUWGCUCGGAAUGACGUCGAGGAGAUGGGCCUUGUAUUCUUGCAUGCUCUCCCCUCGCCGGACGGACCAGCCGCGUCACCGCCGGACCCACGCAUUUCUCACCUCUUGGACGAGUAUAGAGACGUCGUCGAGGCUCCCACCGGAACGGUUCCGGAUCGGCCCAUACGUCACGGGAUCACUCUCGAGGCUGGCACCGUCCCUCCGCAUGGAUGUAUCUACCGCAUGAGCAAAGAGGAACUCGAGGUGCUUCGAGCACAACUCGAUGACCUUCUCGACAAGGGCUGGAUUCGCCCUAGUUGCUCGUCAUACAGUGCCCCUGUUCUCUUCGUCCGGAAGAAGAACAAAGAUCUAUGGCUAUGCAUCGAUUAUCGGAAACUUAACGCACAAACCGUAAAGAACGCCGGCCCUCUCCCUCGGAUUGAUGAUCUUCUUGAGCGGUUAGGCAGCGCGACGUACUUCUCGAAGUUGGACUUGAAGUCAGGUUACCACCAGAUUGAAAUCCAGCCUCAAGACCGGUACAAGACCGCGUUCAAGAUGCGGUACGGGCAUUUUGAGUGGGUUGUCAUGCCCUUUGGCCUCACCAAUGCCCCCGCGACUUUCCAAGCAGCGAUGACGACUGAGUUUCGCGACUUGCUCGAUCGCAGCGUCCUCAUCUACCUUGAUGACAUCUUGGUUUACAGUGGGACGUUGGACGAGCACAUCAUACACCUUCGCGUUGUUCAAGAUCGUUUGCGAUUAGCCAAGUACAAAGCGAAUCUCGACAAGUGCGAAUUCGCCAAGCAAGAGCUUGAGUACUUGGGUCAUUUUGUCACGCCGAAAGGCACUCGUCCCUUAGCGGACAAGAUCCAAGCCAUCGUGGAUUGGCCGGAACCCCCGAACCCCGUUGACGUUUCGCGCAAACUCCUUCCGAGAUGGUUCGGACCAUGGGAAGUCACUUCUGCCGUUGGAGACGACCCUGCGGGUCCUUCCUUCGUGAUCAACAUUCCACCGCACCUUACAGUGCAUCGGGUCUUCCACGCGUCGAAGCUGGCCAUCUACACGCCACCUUCAGCUGACGAGUUUCCCGGACGUCGAUCACAGGAUCCGCCUUCUAUGGACGUACAUCAGGAAGUUGACCGAGUCAUCACGCACCGCAAGUAUGGCAACAAGCCAAUGCAGUUCAAAGUCACAUUCAAGCAAUAUGCGCCUGAUAACACUCGGUGGAUCUCCAGUACAGAUUUGCAGACUUCUGCACCCCUUAUCUUCGCCAACUAUGAGAAGCGACGCCUUGCUAAGGAAGCCGCUCGUCCCGCCCGACCCACCCUGGUAUCGGAAAGACAACUUCGCCCUCGCAGGUAGCUCGGACUUUUAAGAGGGGGAGUGUGUUAUAUCUUCGACGCCAAUCGGGUCCUACCGGACCCGACGUAAGGCUAGA